UUGAUUUCUAGGAUGACCCUGCUUUUGGGCCCUCCUGGUGCCGGAAAAACCACGCUGCUCUUGGCGUUGGCGGGGACGCUCCCUUCAAGCCUCGAGAUGUCAGGCAAAAUAACAUACAAUGGGCAUACGAUGGAGGAGUUUGUGCCCCGGAGGUCGGCUGCUUAUGUGAGCCAGAACGAUCUGCAUAUCGGUGAGCUGACGGUUCGUGAGACGGUCAAUUUCUCUGCAAAAUGUCAAGGAAGUGGUCACCGCUUCGAUCUGCUGAUGGAGCUAUCGAGGAGAGAAAAGGAAUUAAAUAUCAAACCGGAUCCAGAAAUAGAUGUCUACUUGAAGGCUGCUGCAACAGGAGAACAAAAAGCUGAGGUGGUCACAAAUCACAUACUAAAGAUCUUGGGAUUGGAUAUAUGUGCCGACACGAUCGUAGGAAAUAACAUGUUGAGAGGAAUAUCAGGAGGGCAAAAAAAGAGAGUAACAACAGCUGAGAUGCUCGUCACACCAGGACGAGCCCUUUUCAUGGACGAGAUAUCAACUGGACUUGACAGUUCGACUACCUUCCAGAUUGUGAACUCCAUCCGGCAAACUAUUCACACUCUUGGCGGAACAGCAGUUAUUUCCUUGUUGCAACCUGCACCAGAGACAUAUGAAUUGUUUGAUGAUAUAAUUCUCCUCUCAGACGGUCAGGUUGUCUACAAUGGCCCCCGUGAACAUGUGCUCGAGUUCUUUGAAUCAGCGGGUUUCAAAUGUCCUGAGAGAAAAGGCGUAGCUGACUUCUUGCAGGAGGUUACAUCAAGGAAAGAUCAGAGACAAUACUGGAUACACAGUGAUGAGACAUACCAAUAUGUUCCUGUUAAAAACUUCGCAGAGGCAUUUCAAUCUUUCCAUGUUGGCCAGGCUAUAAGAAGUGAGUUGGCUGUCCCAUUCGACAAGAGCAGGAGCCAUCCUGCUGCCCUGAAAACAUCAAAAUAUGGUGCCAGCAUGAAAGAACUGCUUAAAGCUAACAUCAGCAGAGAGAUGCUGCUCAUGAGAAGAAACUCCUUUGUGUAUAUAUUUAAGGCGACUCAGUUGACGCUUAUGGCAAUCAUUACAAUGACGGUCUUUCUUCGGACAAAUAUGCAUCAUGACUCGAUAACAAAUGGAGGGAUAUACAUGGGUGCACUGUUCUUUGGGAUCGUGAUGAUCAUGUUCAAUGGGUUGGCAGAAGUGGGCCUAACUGUUGCAAAGCUCCCUGUUUUCUUCAAACAAAGGGAUCUCCUCUUCUUUCCAGCAUGGACAUAUUCCUUGCCAUCAUGGAUCAUUAAAACACCUCUCUCCUUGCUGAAUGCAUCAAUAUGGGUCUUCAUAACAUACUACGUCAUCGGAUUUGAUCCCAAUGUAGAGAGACUUUUUAGACAGUUCCUGCUCCUCUUAGUAAUGAGUGAGACAGCAUCUGGCCUCUUCCGCUUCAUUGCUGGUCUUGCAAGGAAUCAGAUUGUUGCGAACACCAUUGGAUCAUUCUUCUUACUAAUCUGUAUGCUUACAGGCGGAUUCGUCCUGUCAAGAGAGAAUGUGAAGAAAUGGUGGAUAUGGGGGUAUUGGAUAUCACCGCUGAUGUAUGCACAAAAUGCCAUCUCAGUAAAUGAAUUCCUAGGUGACAGCUGGAAUAAGACAAUCUCCGGUUUCAAAGAACCACUUGGAAGACUAGUUUUGGAAUCCCGUGGAAUGUUUACUGAGGCAAAAUGGUAUUGGAUCGGUGUUGGUGCAUUGCUCGGAUAUGUGCUGCUAUUUAAUGCCCUCUACACCAUCUGCCUCACAUUUCUCAAACCAUUUGACAGUAAUCAGCAAACAAUAUCUGAGGAAACGAUGAAGAUAAAACAAGCUAAUCUAACUGGUGAAAUUUUAGAAGAAGCAUCAGGAAGGCAGAGCAAUACAGCAACGCUCGAUACUGUAGAUGAGAACAAUGGUGAAUCAACUUCAAACAACACAACAGUGGAUUCUUGUCCAAGCAAGAAAGGAAUGGUCCUCCCUUUUACACCUCUCUCCCUCACAUUCGAAGAUAUAAGAUACAGUGUAGACAUGCCAGAGGAAGUCAAAGCACAAGGUGUGAAAGAGGACCGAUUGGAACUGUUGAAGGGUAUCAGUGGUUCAUUUAGGCCAGGUGUGCUUACAGCUCUCAUGGGUGUCAGUGGUGCUGGUAAGACCACACUGAUGGAUGUGCUGGCUGGGAGGAAGACCAGUGGAUACGUAGAGGGCAGCAUUACAAUAUCUGGCUAUCCAAAGAAGCAAGAAACUUUUGCUCGUGUGUCAGGAUACUGUGAACAGAAUGAUAUCCAUUCACCAAAUGUGACCGUCUACGAGUCCCUUGCAUUCUCUGCAUGGCUACGAUUACCGGCUGAUGUUGAUUCCUCAACAAGAAAGAUGUUUAUCGAUGAAGUCAUGGAGCUUGUGGAGCUUUCCCCCUUAAAAGAUUCAUUGGUUGGACUACCUGGUGUGACUGGAUUAUCAACUGAGCAAAGGAAAAGACUAACAAUUGCAGUGGAGCUGGUAGCUAAUCCUUCUAUCAUUUUCAUGGAUGAACCAACAUCUGGACUUGAUGCAAGAGCUGCAGCCAUUGUCAUGAGGGCAAUCAGGAAUACAGUGGAUACAGGAAGGACAGUAGUUUGCACAAUUCAUCAACCAAGCAUCGACAUAUUUGAAUCUUUUGAUGAGCUCUUCCUGAUGAAACGAGGAGGUGAAGAGAUUUAUGUAGGUCCACUGGGGCGCCAUUCCUGUGAAUUGAUCAGAUAUUUUGAGGCUAUUGAAGGUGUUAGCAAGAUAAAAGACAGCUAUAAUCCAUCAACAUGGAUGCUGGAAGUGAGUAGUGCAGUACAAGAACAGAUAACUGGGAUCAACUUCAGCCAAGUAUACAAGAAUUCUGCAUUACAUGGGAUGAAUAAAAAUUUAAUAAAGGAGCUAAGCACACCCCCUGAAGGUUCAAAUGACUUAUCCUUUCCAACGCAGUACUCGCAGACCUUCCGCACACAAUGUUUCGCUUGCCUGUGGAAACAAAGUCAGUCAUAUUGGAGAAAUCCCCCAUAUACUGCUGUCAAGUACUUCUACACGGUAGUAAUGGCACUGUUGUUUGGAACAAUGUUCUGGGGCAUUGGCAGGAAAAGGCAGAGUCAACAGGACUUGUUCAAUGCCAUGGGUUCCAUGUACGCCUCAGUUUUGUAUAUGGGGGUGCAGAAUUCCGCGACAGUUCAGCCAGUUGUGGCUGUUGAGCGCACUGUCUUUUAUAGGGAAAGAGCGGCUCACAUGUACUCGCCUUUGCCUUAUGCAUUGGGGCAGGUUGCAAUUGAAGUUCCAUACAUCUUUGUUCAGUCCUUGAUAUAUGGCGUGAUAGUGUAUGCGAUGAUUGGGUUCGAAUGGACAGCUGUGAAGUUGUUCUGGUACCUGUUCUUCAUGUUCUUCACGCUAUCAUACUACACAUUUUACGGGAUGAUGACGGUGGGCCUGACUCCAAACUACAACAUCGCUUCCGUUGUUUCGUCGGCAUUCUACACCAUGUGGAACCUUUUCUCGGGAUUUAUAAUACCAAGAACAAGAAUCCCAAUAUGGUGGAGGUGGUAUUACUGGCUCUGCCCUGUUUCUUGGACACUCUAUGGUCUGGUAGCCUCACAGUUUGGGGACGUAACCGAGAAGUUGGACAAUGGCAUGCUCGUGUCCGAGUUUGUCGGGAGCUACUUUGGUUACCACCACGACUUCCUGUGGGCGGUCGGUCUGGUGGUCGCCUCGUUUGCAGGUCUCUUUGCUUUCCUCUUCGGGCUCUCAAUCAAGCUAUUCAACUGGCAGAGGAGGUGA